AUGGCUGCUCAGUCCAAGACCUUCAUGGGGUCGGAAAUUAACUAUGGGCUAGUAGAUCUAGAAAUAGAAACAAUUGAGUCUUGGGCCUACAUUCUAAACGAUUGGUUCUCGCCAACAGUGAGAGAUGUGAGAGGGAUUCCGGUGAAGCACAAUAACGCGUCGUCUCCGGCUCCGAAGUUAGUUUCAAUUCCGGUCCAAUUUGUUGGGUCGGAGCGAAGCAGAUCCGAAUCGGCGUUGAAGAUCCAGAAGGUGUUUAGAGGAUUCCUGGUGAGGAAGAGCGUGAAGAAGAUUUCUGCGGUAAGGCGCGAGGUCGACGCUAUCGCAGAAAGGAUCUCGACGGAUGAGACUGUUGAGUUGAUGAAAAAGGAUUCGAAAGAGAGGUUGAAGGUAAACGAGACGCUGAUGAGUUUGCUGUUUAGGUUGGAUUCUAUUAGAGGCGUGGAUUCUGGAGUUAGGGAUUGCAGGAAGUCGGUGAUCAAGAAGGCGAUCGCGCUGCAGGAGAUGGUUGAUUCAAUCGUUGUCUCUGGUAAUCACUUCGAAUCUGGCAUUGAUGCUGUGGUUGACUCCGAUGACACCAAAAUCUCCGGUCAGGAUAAUUGGCAAGAAAGUGAAGCAGAUUCAAUUCAACCAAUAGAAGAGCAAGCUGAGGUUCCAGAUCUCGAGCAUUCUGGUUCCAAUUCUGCAUAUCAUUGUGUUGAUCAAGUGGCGGAGAAACAUAACGUGACUGAGGCAACGCAUGAUUCUUGUGAAGCUGAGCAAACCAAUUCGCCAUCCGCUAACGAAUGUGGAGAAGAAAGCGUGGGAACAAGCCAAACAGAGAGUCAAUCAGACUCCUCGGCUCUUCCUCAGAGUUUAAUCGAAGGAGGCGAAGAGGAAAACAUCAACACCACCUCUGUGAAGCAAGAAGAUCAAGAGGAAGUGAAAUUCAGCGGGAAUCUAGCAAGAGGGGGAGAGGAGAACAAUAGGAGUGAUCAGGAGCGUCUUCUGGGGAGAAUGUUGGAGGACAACGAGAAGAUGAUGGGAUUGAUGGCUGAGCUGUUUCAGAGGAACGAAAUGCAGACGCGGUUGCUUUGUUCGUUGUCGCGAAGGGUCGAACGGUUGGAGAGGGCUUUAACGUCAGGGCAAAAGAGGAAGAAGAAGAGAAACGCUAUUGGUGUGCCGUUUUGUACUUAUUUCUUGUUCUCUGUUUUUCUGUUGGAAAAGAAUCUCAAUUACUCCCAAUGCAAACUCUCUUACAAAUAUCAUAAUAAUUGGGCCUUGGAGCUGUUUGGGCUUCGGCUCGCAAAAAGGCUAGGGAGCCCAUACAAUGUCCGUGCCGCUUUUACGAUAACACCCCAUAGAAUCCCAAACAAUUUCAACGGUAUACCGUAUAUCCUUUCCUUCUCGAAUUUCCCGUCCUCUCCUCUCACAGACUCACGCACAUUAUAA